AUUGAUAUUACUAAUUUUAGACACUAUAAUGUUAUUUAUUUUAACUUUUCAAAAGAUUUUCCAAGGGAUGUUUCAAUUACAAUGGCUGUUAUGGAUGCAACCUAUUUUAAGGGUUUUACACCCAGUAGAUAUUUUCAUUCGACAUGGAACCAGAGUAUUUCUUUAUUUCAAAUUGAGUUUUAUGUAGAAGCAAACACUCAAGUAGGAGAGUUCAUGUUUUCAUUAACUUGUUUAAAUAUUGGCACUAUCUACGGUUCAUCUCUUAAUUCAAAAUUAAUUAUUAAAAAAUCAAAAAUGGAUUUACAAGGCCCAGUAUUUAAAGAAAUUAAAAAGAUAAAUAUUCAAAUGUUAGAUAAAAAUAAUAAAUUGGGUGAAUUUGGGUGGUCGAUGGUCAUUGAAGACCCAGUUAACGGAUUUAAUUUAGGUUAUGUUAUUGUAAGAGGUGAAUUUGACCAGUCUAUAUAUAAUAUAUCAGUUUCAUCCGAUAAUAUUAAAACUGGUAAUAUAUACUUGGGAGAGUACGAUUUCAAAUUUAAAGUAUCUUAUCCAUGUAUUACACAAAAAUAUAUUAUUACCGAAGUAUAUCUAUUGGAUAAAAUUAACAGAGUUUCAUUUUUUGAAUUGUCCUCAAUCACCCAAUUUUCAGAAAUAAAUCCAUUUUUAUAUUUUUUAAAUGAUACUGAUAUUAAUAAAAUCCAGGUUAUAUGUUCAAAUGAAAUUAAUUCUGCUUCAAGCGAUUUAGACCCACCAAUUUUAAAAAAUUUUAUCCCCUCAGCAAAAAUUGUUGAUGUUGGUUCCAACAAUAGAAAUAUAAGCUUUUUAUUAUCUUCAGAAGACCCUCAAAGUGGUAUAAAAAUAUAUGCACAGAAUCCAAUUAUAUAUCUUACUUCGACAAAUAAUAGAGUACUUGAAUGUUUAGCAGAAUUUUGGUCUAGUACAGAUUUUGAGGCUUAUUAUACAUGCAGUGUUGAACUUCCUUUUGGUUUUGGAUACCCUGAUGGAAUCAUUUUAUCAGUAUAUGGGUUUAUUAAUAACAAUGGUUAUUAUUCAGGAUUCACAUAUGACGAUUUAUUAGGGGCACAAAAAAUAGCAUUCAUUGAAACAACUUUUGGAAUAAACAAAGCAAUAAUAAAAGAUUAUUAUGAAAUUUCAGAAAGAGGUGGUGAUUUGAUUCUAUUUGGAGGAGGUUUCGACGAAUCAUCAAAAUCAAUUAUUACUUUUUUCGAUAAUACAACAGAACAAAUAGAUUGUCAGUUUAUUACAUCAUCAGCUAUAAGAGCUCCAAAUGUAAAAGCAACAGAUAAACCAUAUAGAGUAUAUGUAAAAACAUUACUGUAUGAAUCAAAUUCAAUUAUUGUUACUCCAGUAAUUUAUGGUUUUAAUCAAAGACCAUCAGUUACACCACCUCCGGAUUCAGUACCUCCUUUACCAACAAAUAAACCACAGAUCUGCAUUGGUAGUCCACAGUGCGGGGGUCCAACACAUGGUAGAUGCAUCGAUAAUCAAGGUUGUGUAUGUUUUAAACCAUGGGUAGGAAAAGAUUGUUUAUCCCAAGUAGUUAUUGUAGAUCCACCAAAAAUUAAUGAAACCAAUCCAUCUACUGAAAUUAUUGUACCAGAUGAUAAAAAUGCAGUUCCAAUUACAUAUAGAUCUUUGAUUUCUUUAGUUGCUUUAAGAGAAAUCGAUAUUUUUGGUAAAGAAGUAUAUCACAAAACUUUUGAUAGUUGGAUAGCGAGACAGUUGGACAACUCUACAUUUGUUUACAAUUUAUCUUUGGACAUAAAAAAGGAGAAAAGCAGUGGGGUUGCACGUAUCAAGGUUACAUUGAGGUGGUUUAUAAAUGAAUCAAAUAUUAGUUUUGCAGAUCAAGAUUUGGUAAUGAGUCCAUCAUCUAUGAAAUAUACAAUCGAGAUUUCAAACUAUCCAUUUGACAAUCAAAUCAACAGCCUGCAGUUAAUAUUUUCAGCAUCAAUACAAUCAAACACGUCGAAAGAAAUUUGCUCAUCUAGAGAAUUCGGGGAAACUACAGCAGGAGAUAAUUCGGAGUAUAUAAAGGUACAGGUAGAAAAUCAUUCACUAUACGGCAGGUUUAUUAGAAGAGGUAUUGUCGAUUCAAAUAUUAUUUCUAUAUCAAACAUACUACUAGAUAAAGAUAUGAAUCCAAUAACCGAAACCAAAUCGCUUCAAUCUUAUGUCGGUAUUCAAAUUCCAAAUUUCAAAUCAAUUGCAAUUAUUGAUCCUGAUUUUUCAGUUUUGAUAGAUUCAAAAUCAGCAUCUUCGAUCUGUUCAUCAAGUUCUAAAUUAAAUAGAUCUAAAUUAGCAGGUAUCAUAAUUGGCACCAUUGCAUUCAUUUUAGUUGUUGUUGUAUCUAUUAUAUACUUUUUCAUAAAAAGAAAAUCAACAAGAGAAUUUGAAUUGAAAUUAAAAAGUAGAAUGAAAAAAUUAGAAAAAUUAUAA